AUGAAAUCUACAGGGUGGGUUUCAAAUAUGUACGAAACAUUAAAAUUUUCAUCAAAAACCACAGAAGAAAUGAAUACAGGCCUAUAUACCAAUCAAAUAAAGCUAGUAGAAUCUGAAAUGUCUCAUUUAACGCACAAUAUUCGAAAGUUAUUUGAUUCUUGCCAUCCUAUCCUUCGUAAUGUUGCAAAUUAUUAUAUUCAAACACAAGGAAAGCAUAUUCGGCCACUUAUUGUUCUUUUGAUAUCAAAAGCAACAAAUCGUGCUCCAAAAAUUGAAAACUGGAAUAACGGAAUGUAUCAUAAAUAUAACAAUCCUAUAUCAUCUACAAAUAUUGUAAACGACAACGAUCCAGAUCAACCGUUAUCUUCAUAUCAAAUCACAAUGGAUACAAUAGAGACUGAUAUUCAUCCAUCUCAAAGAAGACUUGCGGAAAUUACAGAGAUGAUUCAUACAGCAUCUUUACUUCACGAUGACGUUAUUGAUAAUUCCGAAGUCAGAAGAGGUAUGCCAAGUGGAAACCAUGUGUUUGGAAAUAAGAUGGCAAUACUAGCAGGAGAUUAUCUUCUUGGUAGAGCAUCUCUUGCACUUGCUCGUUUAAGAAAUGCAGAAGUAAUUGAACUUUUAGCCACUGUGAUAGCAAAUCUUGUAGAAGGGGAAUUUAUGCAAUUGAAAGGAAUUUUAAAUAAAGAGGAAGGAAAUUGUUUGAUUUUUGACGAUGUUUUAAAUAAUUACUUGAAAAAAACAUACUUAAAAACAGCAAGUCUAAUAGCAAAAAGUUGUAGAGCUAGUGCAUUGCUUGGUGGUUGUACUACUGAAAUAGCAGAUAACGCUUAUCUUUAUGGCAAAAAUCUUGGUCUAGCAUUUCAAUUAACAGAUGACAUGUUAGAUUACACUGUUUCUGAAAAAGCAUUUGGAAAACCAGUAAAUAUGGAUUUAAAACUUGGAUUAGCAACAGCUCCUGUUUUAUUUGCAUGGGAGAAAUACCCUGAGCUAGGCCCUGUUAUAAAACGGAAUUUUUCUAAUACAGGAGAUAUAUAUCGAACUUAUGAAUUGGUCCUAAAGAGCCAUGGAUUACAAAAAACAAAAGAAUUAGCGGAAAAGUUUUCCAGAAAAGCACUAGAUGCUCUUAAUUUAUUUCCAAUGUCACCUUCUCGGCUUGCAUUAGAAGAUUUGACAUGCAAAAUUCUUACUAGGACAAAAUAG